UUAUUUGUUUUUUGUAAUUUGAGAACCAAGUAAAUAAUAAGUGCAUUUCCAGGUUUGUACAUUUCUCGAACCGUGAAACAAAAAAAUUAAAAACAAGUUCAGCAAGCGAAUUGAAAAAUGUGUCUUCAACACCUUUUCUACGUACUGUUCGGAUUUGUUGUUUUGGUGAUCGCUCGCAAAAGGGAUGAUUGGCCAUCAGCAUCAUUGGAAAAUAGCUUCGAUGAAGAGGCUGUAUGUAAACUGUGUUAUAAAAAAUGUCCAGGAUCGACGCGUGAUGAAGUUGAACUAUUUGAAAAAACAACUGACCUUGAAAAUCUACCAAACAGCUAUCCGUUGAAAUGUUUCAUGCAUUGUGUUAUGGAAGAGGCCGGUGCACUACAUCGGAAUGCAGCUCAACUUAACUAUGCUCAUGUGAUGCAAGAAAUUGAUAAAUUACAAAAAGAUCACCAGAAGAUCGUGAUUGCAAUGGGGAAAGGAUGUAUAAAACGUGUGAGAGAUAUCACAGAUCCAGUUGAAUUCGCAUACGCUUUGAAUGUAUGUUGCAAAAAAAACGAUAAUGAUCAUUACUAUUUCAUUUAUUAGCGGUUUUAUGAUUUUUGUUGACAUUUCCUCACAAAACUCCUUUCGUGACUUAUGAAUAAGAGUACAAAAUACAAGGGGAAAAUCGGUACUGAAAUACUAAAUAUACUCAGAAGUAUUGAAAAGUACCGAAAAGUACCGAAACGUAUCAAAACAUACCAAAACGUACUAAAUAGGUAUUCGUUUCAAAAAAAUAGUGAAUAAUUUUUUCAUGUUUUCGACUGUCUUUUUGGUGUUACAUGGCAAGCUUGUAUGAAAC